AUGAAAGUUAUUAACAAAAUUCUUAAGGCUCACGAAGAAGGAAGACCUUCCUGGUCCUUCGAAUAUUUUCCUCCAAAAACUCAACAGGGUGUCCAAAAUCUUUACGAUCGUAUGGAGCGUAUGUAUCGUCUUGGACCUGAAUUCAUUGAUGUUACAUGGAACGCUGGUGGUACUACUUCGCAACUUACGAGUGAAAUCGUGGCUACUGCGCAAUCUGUAUACGGCUUAGAAACGAUUAUGCAUCUUACAUGUACAAAUAUGCCCAAAGAAAAAGUUGAUAAAGCACUUAAGGAUGCAAAAGAAUGCGGUUGUCAAAAUAUUCUUGCUCUUAGAGGUGAUCCACCUCGUGGUCAAGAACACUGGGAAGCAUGUGAAAAUGGGUUUUCACAUGCCAUUGAUUUAGUUCGUUAUAUUCGCCAGCAAUAUGGGGAUUACUUUGGUAUUGCUGUUGCUGGAUAUUGUGAAGGUCAUGUUGAUAAUCCUGAUAAAGAUGAUGAUCUUUAUCGACUCAAGGAAAAGGUUGAUGCUGGUGCAGACUUCAUUAUCACACAAGUGUUCUAUGAUGUUGAUAUAUUCUUGAAUUGGGUCAAAAAAUGUCGCGCUAUUGGCAUUUCUUGUCCUAUUAUUCCCGGGAUUUUGCCAAUUCAAAAUUAUUCUGGUUUUAACAGAAUUAUAACUCUUUCAAAAACUAUCGUUCCACAAUUUGUGUUAGAAGAAUUGGAACCAAUUAAGGAUGAUGAUGCUGCUGUUAAGGAAUAUGGUAUUAGGUUGGCUGUUGAUAUGAUCAGAAAAAUGUUCGCUGAUGGUAUAAAAUGCUAUCAUUUUUAUACCAUGAAUCUUGAGAGAUCAACUCGAUUAAUUUUAGAAGCUCUAGAAUUUGUUCCUCCUAUAGAAAACGUGAAACCUUUACCUUGGUGUCCAUCUCUUUCGGCAAAACGCAAGAAAGAAAAUGUUCGCCCUAUAUUUUGGAGAAAUCGCACGAAAAGUUAUAUUGCUCGAACAGAAGCAUGGGAUGAAUUUCCUAAUGGUAGAUGGGGUGAUUCCCGCUCGCCUGCUUUCGGUGAGCUUGAUGGUUACGGAGUUUCUCUUAAACACAGCAAAAAGGGAGCUUUGGAGUUAUGGGGAUAUCCUCAAAAACAUAGCGAUAUAUUUGAUGUAUUUGUUCAAUAUUGUCGUGGUGAAGUAAAUUCUUUACCAUGGUCUGAUCAACCUCUAGCUGAAGAAAGUAAUAUUAUCAGAGAACAAUUAGCACAUAUUAAUUCCUUGGGAUAUUUAACAAUCAAUUCACAACCUGCUGUUAAUGGAGUUCGUAGUGAUCAUAAGAUUUUUGGUUGGGGCCCAAAAAAUGGAUAUGUUUAUCAAAAGGCAUAUUUAGAAGUUUUUAUUUCUCCUACACAACUUGAUGCUCUCAUUGCAAGAAUUGAGCGUGAUACUAAUAUAACAUAUUAUGCUGUAAACAAACAGGGAGAUUUAAAAACAAACACUCAAAGUGAUGGGCCAAAUGCUGUUACUUGGGGAGUUUUUCCUGGAAAAGAAAUAAUUCAACCAACAAUUGUUGAAGCAGUGAGCUUUACGGCUUGGAAGGAUGAGGCAUUCGAAUUAUGGAAUGAAUGGACCAAAAUUUAUGAUACGGAUUCCAUAUCCGCUAAACUGAUUACAGAUAUAGCGGAUAAUUGGUAUCUUAUUAAUAUAGUGCAUAACGAUUUUCAUGAUAGUGAUGGCAUAUUCAAAAUUUUUGAACAAAUUUCUGUCACAGACUAUGAAGCUGAUCGUUAA